GUCCAUUUAUUCACAACCAAUCAUAACCCUCCGUUCUCUCUACACGUACAAACAAAAACCUUAAACCCCAUGAAAACCUCACCUCCUUCUCUCCCUCGCUGCCCCCCCGCACUCUAAUCUCUUCUCUUCUCUCUGAAACAACAAUGGCAGACCCAUCAUUAAUGCACAACUUCCUCAACCAUCAACACCAACAGCACCCCUCUUCUACUUCAACGCCCACAAAAAAGAGCUCAACAAACCUACCCAUAUAUCCCUCAUCUUAUCGUCACUUUCAAUGCCUUUUCUGUCCGCGCAGGUUCUACACCCCUCAAGCUCUCGGUGGCCAUCAAAAUGCCCACAGACGUGAAAGAGCCGCUCAACGCAGAAACAACAAAACCCUCAACACUCCUAUCUCAACAGACCCCUCUUUGAGGAAACAUUCAUCAUUUGUUAACCAUAACCACCCAGAAACAACCAGUCCUCCAGCAGUAACAUUUUUGAACCAAUACCACCAGCUUCAGGCGCUUGACCCCGUGAUGAAUAGAAACUACCAGUUUCCAUUGCCUUCCUCAGGUGUCUAUGUUUCGGUUCCUCAGUAUGGUAUGCUUUAUGACGGGUCUGCAGCUACUACUUCUCUUGAACAUGAUACUGGUUAUCGUAAUGAUCUUUCAGCAGCUGAUGAUGAUCCUAAUGUCGUCACUGCAAAAAUUGACCUUACCCUCCGUUUAUAA